ACCGUAGUAUUAGUAGAAACGGAACGAUCAUUUUAAAACCAAACCUUUUAGAUCUCUGACGCCCUCCAUUGCCGGCCACAUCUGAACUAAGCGGAAUUAGAAACCUGCUUCAUUAACUAUGUAUAAAUCUGUUAUAUUAAUUUUGGCCCUCGGGUUGUUCCUACCAGUUAUUAGUGCCAAUGACAUAAUCGAUCUAUCCUGCGAAAAUGAUACAGACUGUGAAAUAUUCUGGAACACCGUGUCCAACUCCUCGUGCGUCUCUGGUCAGUGUCAAUGUGUGGAUCCGGAAACCGGCAAUAAGACUUUGUGUAAACCAAUGGUCUCAAAAGCCUCCAAUCAAAUAGGCGGAAUUUGUCCGUGUAUUGCGGAUAAUUCAUUUUGCCACGAAAAGACUCAGCUCUGCGUUUGUAAGGAAGGGUUUCAGCCGAAUAGAGCCGGGAAAAAGUGUAUCAGCAAAUCUGUCCCGUUGGGAGAACCAUGUGAAAUCGACGAGCAGUGUAUUCAACAUGAUCAUUUCUCACGUUGCGACGAGAUCCAGCAUAACUGUACCUGUUCGAACCACUUCGUGAUCUACAUGGACACGUGUCAUUCCAUUAUUGCCACUGGGAACGCAUCCUGUGAGCAGGACACGGACUGUUCCAGCAGUGUCGUCGAUUCCGUUUGUCACGAUAAUCAAUGUAUAUGUGACAAGGGAUUUGUGGCAAACGCAGAAAACACGAGUUGCCUGAUAGUAGCUCAGUACGAGCAGCCCUGCAUCGAUUCGAACCAAUGCAUCGCUCAACUUGGCGUCGGUUCCCUUUGUAAAGAUGCCAAAUGUGUGUGCAAUGAGCAGUAUUUCCCAUUCACAGUACAAUCCUACAACAAUGCCACAGCGGAGCACAAAGUGAUGAAUGUUUGUACUCGAAAGAUCACGCAUGGAUCGAGCUGCAACGACAGCAAGGAUUGCUACCAAUUUCACAGAGGUCCUCACGAGCAGAACAUGGAGUGCUUCUUGGGAGAGUGCGUCUGCUCUUCAGGAAGCUACGAGAAGGACGGCGUUUGCGUUAGCUACAGUUCGGCAUCAGUUCUAGUCGUCUCGCCGGUGCUUGCGUUCUUAGUAAUGAGUGCAAUACUAUUUGCCUGAAAACAAUUACUAAUUUAAGUUAACUGUUAAACCAUGUUGUUAUUCGCUUGAUGCAUAUUACUAAAUAAAGGAUAAUAUAAAUUUUUAAA